CUUUUCAAGUGGCAACUCCAAAGAGCAAUCAGAAAUCCCUCAACAUGUUCAAAUACGCCGUUGUCCUCUGCGCUCUGAUUGCCUGCGCCGCCGGCAAACCAGGAUUGCUGCACGCACCGCUCGCUGCUCCUGCCGCCCUCCUGGCUGCCCCUGCACCUGUCAUAACUGCGACCAGCAGCCAAGUGGUGGCCAGGAACUUCAAUGGCAUUGCCACCGCUCCAUUGAUUGCUCAGGUUCCAGUCGCUCCAGUUGCUCCAGUUGCCAGGGCUGUGGCGUCUCUUGCUGCUCCUCUAGCAGCACCCAUCGCUGCUCCUCUGGCUGCUCCUCUGGCUGCUCCUUUGAUUUCUAGGUACGCAGCUGCUCCCCUGGCUGCUCCAUUCUACUCCAGGUAUGCAGCAGCUCCCCUGGCUGCACCUCUGAUUGCCAAGUACGCUGCUGCUCCCCUGGCAGCUCCACUGUACGCCAGAUACGCCGCUGCUCCUUUGGCACCGCUGAGCUAUGCUGCUGCUCCAGCGCCACUAAUCCUCAACAUGUUCAAAUACGCCGUUGUCAUCCUCGCCGUCGUCGCCGCCGUCUCUGCCAAGCCUGGUCUGCUCCUGGGCAGUCCGUUGGCCUACAGUGCACCAGUUGUGGCUGCUGCUCCUGCUGCAGUGGUUGCUGCUCCAGCUCCUUACGUGACUGCCACCAGCAGCCAGGUCAUCGCCCGCAACUACAAUGGCAUCGCCGCUGCUCCAGUGAUCGCUGCUGCUCCAGUUGCUGCUCCAGUCAUCGCCAAGUAUGCUGCUGCUCCUUUGGCAGCUCCAGUUGCUGCUCCAGUCAUCGCCAAGUACGCUGCUGCCCCAUUGGCAGCUCCUCUGGCUUAUAGCAGUCCCCUGGCCUACAGUUCGCCUUUUGCUUAUGCUGCCCGUGCUCCAGUUCUUUUGUAAA